GUAGCAAAAAUAUGAAUAACAUGACAUCCGUUCAAGCCACAUGCAUAUUCAACAUUUUUUACGGUUGAAUAAUUAAUUUUUUUGUGCUGAGAAUUUAUCCGUCAUCCGUCGUCCUUUCUGGACAUUAUGGGGAAAUUUCGUGUAAAACCAGCCCGUAGUGUGGCGAAACCUUUCAGAAAGUCUUCGGAAUUUUCAAGAGCUAACAAACCGACUGAAAAUUCUGAGAGUGACGCCCAUCAUAAUAAAGUUCCUUCUGUGUCCCUUAUUUCCGCUUCCAAAAUAUCCAAACGCCCAAAGCCCCGUGCCUCCGCACUGAAAAAGACGUCAUCUGCCUCCUCUGUCCAGUCAUCCUUCUCCUCCCCACAAACGUCCCCGAAAAAAUCCGUCACUUUCGCGUCCCCUUCGUCCAACACGGUCCACAUUUUCGGAGCCACAAUGACAAAGCAAGAUUCGAUAAGAGCAAUUUUGAAGGAUGGUGCUAGCGCCUUGGUAAAUUUAGUGUCAGGUAGCGUCAAGAACCUCAAGAGGAAAGGCCUCAUUAAAUCUGAGAGGGACAGGUAUUCCGUUGCAAAGAAUGCUGCGUCUAAUUCGCUAAAUAAAGUGCUGAAGAAUCAGUUCAAGGAUAAAAGGACGAGAAGGAAGCUACGAAAGGAGGCUUUCCAUAAAAAACUUUCUCUUCUGAAGGAAUCAGAGAAGGCGAUUAAAGAGGAGAAACGGCGAAAAGAGACCGUAAUUGUCGGUGACAUGCAACCAAUUGCAGAUAUAUUGGCCGAACUCGAGGAAGAAGUAAAAAUGUCCUCGGCCGUAAAGCCGGUAAUUGUUCCAACGCCACCAAAAAAGAAGAAAAUGUCCUUGAAGAAACGGGAACAGGAAAUGUUAGAUGGUCUCAAGUUUUUCGAAGCUUCAGGAUUUUAGCAUUUUGGUAACGAAUCUUGUUGGAACAUGCUUUAAUUAUGAUUACUGAAUAUUUGGCAGUUAAUAUGGUAGUUUUCUCCGUUAGUUUUUGAACAAGUUACCAAAAUCUAGAGAAAAUUCAAUAAUACCAUCAUGAUACCUUGUUUGUAUUAAUGUGUAA